AGGAUGGAGCGUGCUCACAGCCUCCUGCUGAACGAGGAGGCGUGCUCUGAGCUGUCGGAGCUCCAGCGGGCGGAGUUCAUCUUUGAGUGGCUGACUCACCUGAAGAAGCUGCUUCCUGCAGCCGGCCGGGCCGACCUCCGGCUCAACCAGCGCCGCCUGCUGGAGCAGCUGUCGGCCGUUCUGAUUGGCUCCCCGGGGCCGCCGACCCGCUGGCUGCUGGCGCACUGCACGGCCCUGCUGUACCGCCUGGGAGACCCCGUCCCCGCCAGCCUGCUGGUGGACCGCUGCAAUGACAUCAUCCGCAGCCGAGACGACUCGCCGUCGGGGCUCCCCACCCGCCUGGCAGCCAUCGCGUGUCUCGGCGCUCUGUUCGACCAGCUGGGCCGGAUGCUCGCCGGCUGCUUCAAAGACACUCUGACCAACCUGCUGAAGGCCAUGAAGAGCGCAGAGUCUCAGGGUCGGUAUGAGAUCAUGUUGUGUCUGGAGAGGAUGCUGCGUGGUCUAGGCGUCAGCGCCGUGUCGGGUCACCGGGACGUCUACAAGGCGGCGAGGACGUGUCUGACCGACCGCUCCAUGGCCGUACGCUGCGCCGCCGCCAAGUGUCUGCAGGAGCUGCAGAGGGAGGCGGUGUUCCUGUGGACCAGUGAGCUGGAGAACGUCUCCACGCUUUGCUUCAGAGCCUUUGAAGGAUCCAACUACAGCGUCAGGGUCUCCGUGGCAACGCUGCUGGGAACGCUGCUUGCCGCCGCCGCAGCAGCCCCCAGGCCGGGGGGGCGGGGCCGCAGCUCCCUGGAGGAGGUGAUGGAGGUGCUGUCGGGGGGCUUCCUGCGGGGCGGGGCCAGCUUCCUGCGGGCCAGCGGGGACAUGCUGAAGGGGACCAGCUCCGUCAGCAAGGACGUCCGCAUCGGAGUCACACAGGCUUGCGUGGUGUUUGUCUCCUCCCUCGGUGGCUCCUGGUUGGAGGUGAACUUCUCGGCCCUCCUGUCUCUACUGAUGGAGCUGGCGUCCCACAGCCGGGCCACGCAGACGCCGGGCGACGCCGUGGUGACGCGGCGCUGCGUCUCCUUCAUCCUGAGGAGCACGCUGGGGUCGCUCCUGGGGGAGAAGGCUCAGACCAACGCCGCCAAGACGCUCUGCCUCGCCGUGGCGGCGCAGAAACGGACUAUCGAUGCGGCUCUGGCUGACGGGAACAUGGAAACCAGAGUUUCUCCUGCAGACGUUGCAGCCAGUCAGCAUGUGUUGGUCUGCUGCCUGGUGGAGCUGGGAGGACUCAUACUGGGCCUGGGCUCCACCGCAGCCCCCCUCCUCACGGACAGCAGCACAGCCCUGGUGGACACGGUGGUCUCCGUGCUCCUGCACCCCGCCCCCGCUGCCUCGCUGGCGGCCGCCUGGUGUCUGCGCUGCGUUGCCGUGGCGAUGCCGUCCCAGUGCUCGCCGCUGCUGGAGCGCUGCUCGGAGCGGCUUGUGGCGCUCAAGUCUUCCCCCGAGGCCGUCGCCGGCUACGGAGCCGCUGUCGCCGCCCUGGUGGCCGCGGUGCAACACUGCCCCCUGGGAAUACCCCACACCACCGGCACGGCGGUGCUGGUUCUGGCUGAAGACUUGCUGCGUUCAGCGUCUCAGAACAGUCGUAUCUCUCUGCAGAGGACUCAGGCCGGCUGGCUGCUCGUCUCCUCGCUCAUCACUCUGGGUCCAGCUGUCAUUGAGCACCACCUGUCCCGGCUCCUCCUCCUGUGGCGCUGUGUGUUCCCUCCGUCUCUCAGGGAGCAGGAGAUGGAGCUGCGCCGAGGGGACUACUUCACGUGGCAGGUUACACUGGAGGGACGCUCCGGGGCGCUCUGCGCGAUGAAGAACCUGCUGCUGCACUGCAGGGAGCUCGUCACCGAUGACAUCAUCAGCCGUCUGCUCACGCCACUGGCCUGCGCCGUGGGACUGCUCGCCAAGCUGCCUGCUCUCAUCCGGUCCUACGGCGGUUCGGUUCGCAGCUGGUCGCUCGUCUACAGACUGAGAGUCUACGAGCUGCUGGCUCUGCUGCCACCGCACACCUACCAAGAGAGCUUUGGUCUGGUGAUGAACCAGCUGGUGUCGGACCUGUGUGCUCAGGAGAACCUGAACCAGCCGUGUUCAGAGUUCACGCUGCUGCCGCCGCUCUGCCACCACGACGACCUGCCGCUGGUCGGCCCCGCCCUGCACCACAACCACCACAGCUACCUGGAGGAGCAGCUCCAUGGCAGCAGUGUGGGAGGAGGCUCUCUGGAGCACGACGCCUUCAGUCUGUGUGAGAGGAGCGAUGAAGCUCCCGCUCCUCUUCCUCCUGCCGUCCAUCUGACCGCCGCCGCCGCUCGCCUCUUCGGGGCGCUGUACCCCCACGUCAUCUCCGCCCAGAGAGUGAAGAUCCUGGAGCAGUUUGUGGAGAUGGUGAACCAGCUGAAGGGUCAGCGGCAGCAGACGGUGCAGACACACGUCUGCGCCGCCCUCUGCAGUCUGCUCAAGCUGCAGGGAGGCGCGCGGGGCUCUCUGGGGCCGGAGGAGGUGCGCUCCCCGGCGCUCGCCCUCCUGUCGGGGGCGCUGGAGAGCCCCAGCCCUCUGCUGCGCUGCCUGGCGGCGGAGGGUCUGGCCCGGCUGGUCCAGGUGGUGGGAGACCCCGGCUUCACCGUGGCCGUGUCCCUGCUCUGCUUCGACAGGCUGAAGUCUGCGCGCGGCGCGGCGUCCCGUAGCGGCUUCUCUUUGGCGCUGGGCGCGCUGCAGCGCUACACCGGAGGGAUCAGCUCCCCCCAGCACCUCAACACCUGCCUGGGCGUCCUGUUCACCCUGAGCCAGGACAGCACCUCUCCGGAGGUCCAGACCUGGUCCCUCCACAGUCUGUCUCUGGUGGUGGACCUGUCUGGAGGCCUGUACCGCGUCCACGCCGAGCCGUCCUUCAGCCUGGUGCUCCGCCUGCUGCUGUCGGCUCCGCCCACCCACCCCGAGGUCCACCUGAGCCUGGGGCGCUGCCUGCACACCCUCAUCACCUGCCUGGGCCCCGACCUACAAGGUGACGGUGUGGCCAUGUCCGGGCUGCGCUCCAGCUGUCUGGUGGGCUGCGCUGUGAUGCAGGACGGUCCGGACUCUCUGGUUCAGGCUCGAGCCAUUUACUGUCUGCAGCAGCUGCACAUGUUCUCUCCUCCACACGUGAACCUGGCCAGCCUCGUUCCCGCCCUCUGUGCUCACCUGUGCAGCUCCUACCUGUGUCUGCGGCGGGCCGUGGUGGCGUGUCUGCGUCAGCUGGUGCAGCGAGAAGCCUCCGAGGUCUCUGAGCACGCCGUCACUCUGGUCAAAGAGCUGCCGAGACGAGACAACACACAGCUGGACGUCACCAUAAAGGAGGUGGGACUGGAAGGAGCUCUGUUCACCCUGUUGGACCGCGAGUCCGAUCCAGGUCUGAGGAGGGACAUCCAGGAGACGCUGGUCCACAUGAUGGCGUCCAGCGCCACCAGCGGGAAGCUGGGCCACUGGCUCAAACUCUGCAAGGACGUCCUGUCUGCCACCACCGACUGUCUGUCUCCGGUGGAGGCGCGGCAGGAGGAGGAGGAGGAGGCGGACCCCGGCAGAGACGAUGACUCCUCUACGUUCAGGGCGGGGUCUGAGGCCGGCGGCCCGUUCACGGCGCUGCGCUGGGCCACGCGCCGCUUCGCCAUGGAGUCCGUGUGCCGCAUCAUCGCUCAGUGCGAGGCGGCCGACGCGGCGCACUUCGACAUGGCGCUGGCUCAGGAGCGCCGCCUGCACGCCUCCACCGACUUCCUAGUGCUCCACCUGGGGGACCUGGUCCGCAUGGCGUUCAUGGCGGCAACGGACCACAGCGACCAGCUGCGGCUGGCCGGGCUGCAGACGCUGCUGGUCCUCAUCAGGAGGUUCUCCGAGGUCCCCGAGCCCGAGUUCCCAGGACACGUGAUCCUGGAGCAGUACCAGGCCAACGUGGGAGCAGCUCUGAGACCAGCCUUCACUGCUGAUGCUCCUCCUGACGUCACUGCUAAGGCGUGUCAGGUGUGCAGCGCCUGGAUAGCGAGCGGCGUGGUGAGCGACCUGCGGGACCUGCGGCGGGUCCACCAGCUGCUGGCCUCCUCAUUGGCUAAGAUCCAGGCGGGGCGGGACACGUGCAGCCAGACGUACAACGAGGCCACGGCCACCAUGGAGACGCUGGCGGUCCUGAAGGCUUGGGCCGAGGUUUACAUCGUAGCGGUUCAGAGGAGCGGACGGAAGGAGAGCCCCGAUUGGUCGGCCGACCUGUCGGUCUCUUCCUCUCUGGCCAAUGACGGCUCGGGCUCCGAGUCGGGAGGGGCGGGCCUCCUGAAGCUCGUCCAAUCAGACGUGUCGACGCUGAGCCGCCUGUGGCUGGCAGCUCUGCAGGACUAUGCCCUCCUGACGCUCCCCCAGGAGCACGCCUCCACGCGCCCAGCGGCAGGAGGUGCUUUCUACACGGCAGAGACGCUGAACCAGGCCAGAGCUCAUUACUCCUCCUCCUGGGCUCCCAUCCUGCACGCCACCUCCCUCUGGCUGCACAGCACUGGUUUUGUGAUGUCAGAUGACACACCUGCCCACCUGUCCCGUCCGGCCACACCCACCACCCUGGGCCAGCGGGGGGGCGGAGCUAAGAGCCCGGAGGACGUGAACACGGACAGACUGCACCUGAUCCUGGGGAUCAGCGUGGAGUUCCUCUGCUCGCCGCACUCUGACGACCAGAUGGAGAACAUCACUUCCUGUCUGAGAGCUCUGCAGGCGCUGCUGGACGUCUCCUGGCCCCGCGCCAAGAUAGGGACCGACCAGGCUCUGGGUGUGGAGCUCCUGAGUGUCCUCCACAGGUUGAUGGUGACCAGAGAGUCUCCGUGUGUUCAGCUCGCCGUGCUGGAGUUACUGAGACAGGUCGUCACGGCGACGCAGGAGCACGUCAGAGAGAAACGCCACAGUGCUGAGGUGGACGACGGCGCGGCGGAGAAGGAGACGCUGCGCGAGUUCGGUGAAGGACGGGACACCGGAGGACUGGUCCCCGGACGCUCGCUGGUGUUCGCAGCGCUGCAGCUCUGCCUCUCUGUCCUCGUAAGGAAACUCCCUCAGCUCAGCCCCAAACUGGCCGGGGACCACUCCCACAGUGUGUGUGUGUGUUCAGGUCCAGGGGGCUGUGUGUGGACCCUGACUGACAGCGACUGCCGGCUGGUGGGGUCCGCUCUGUGUGUCCUCUCUGAGCUGCCGUCAGUCUGCUCCCCUGAAGGCAGCGUGUCCAUCCUCCCCACCGUCCUCUACCUGCUGCUGGGAGUCCUCAGAGAGCUGGUACACCAGCCCAGCACACACACCGGAGCCCCGCCCCCUGAGCCCGGCGCCGGCCUGGCCGCGGUGGUCCAGGCGGCUCUGCAGGCUCUGAGGAGCGUCGUGACGUCUCCGAUGAGCCGACAGGAGAAGAGCCGAGGAGCCUGGAUCCUCCUGCUGAGGUCUGCUGUCAGCAGCCUGCUGGGCCUCUGGGACACUGCAGUGGACCAGGUGUGCCUCCUCUCAGCUCUCUCGGUGCUCCUCCUCUCUGCUCCUCCUGCUGUUUGCUGCGUGGAGCCUCUUCAGUCUCUGUGUGUUCAGAGGUUCAGCAGCAGCAUGGAGUCCAAGCAGCCGCUGGUGGUUAGUGGCUGUUAUCAGCAGCUGGCGCUGGUGUUCCAGGCUCCGCCCCCUGUAGCCGUCCCGUACAUCCGGGCGCUCGGACCGCCGCUGGUUCGCUUCCUGCAGAAGGUGGAGCGGAGGCGUCCUCAGAGCUCCGAGGAGCUGCAGGGCGUCCUGGAGGGCGUCGGGGCGCUGGAGGCUCUGGUCCAGGCUGCAGACGAGUCCCAGCGUUCUCAGCUGGUGUCGGUGCUGCUGCCGCUGCUCGUGUCCUUCCUGCUGGAUGAGAACGCUCUGGGCUCGGCGCCCGCCGCGUCCCGCUCGCUGCACGAGGCGGCGCUCAGAGACCUGAUGCGACUCGGACCGCAGCACUCGGCCGAGUUCAGGUCUCUGAUCUCGUCGUCUCCUCACCUGAAGUCCCGUCUGGAGGCGGCGGUCCGAGGGAACCAGGAGAGUCUGAACACGAAGGCGAGCGCCGCCGCCAAGUCGUCCCCGAGCAUCACGCUCAAAACCAACUUCCUGUGAGGCGCCACGCCGCCUUCACUGUCCCUGGGACAAACGGUACUAGAGAACACGAAGAGUUAAUCCGACGUGCCACCAUGCUGGAGGAGAGUUUUAUGACAUCACUUCCUGUUUGAAGGUUCAGAGACAAUCUCUGGUGGUUGUUUGUCUGAUCAAAAACUAAGUCACAGAAUAGAUUUGUCAAUGAUCAAUAACUUGUAUCAGUCAUCAGUAACAGCUGCAGCUUUUUCUGGUUUUUUUUUUUUUUUUUUGAUCAUUCUUUUUAUUAAAAAUGUUCAAAUAAUGUAACGGUCCAGCACAGCACACAUACAGAUAGUAUCAAAUAUGUAGCAAAUCCUAAAAACGUCCACAGCAACGAUCUCAGAAGUCCUUAUUAGGUCUUUAAUAUCAGGCAGUUCCAAGAUAGUCCAACACUUUACUGUAAAGAGAUCCUUCUUAUCAUUCAUACUAAAUAUUAGUCUUUCCAGAGAAAUACAGUCUGAUAACAAGGAUCCAGAGAUAAUGAAGGAGGUUCAUCUGGUCAGAACAGCCUUCGGCCCAACAAAAGCAAAACCUGAGCCAUGUUCUUCUGAGACCUCAGUGAUUCAGUCAUACGUCCCAGUAGACGUGAUAAUAUGAUGAUAAUAAUAAUAGUAAUAAUAAUAAUAAUGGAUCGGCUCCACUCUGCUUCACUAUCACACUAACUUCCACGUAUGAAUCGCCAAAACUGUUGAAUCUCAUCUCAUUCCCCGAGGCAGUGACAUCUCGUCCCUGGAGGAGAGGAAAAGCAUUUUGGUCAGUUUGUAGAAGCCCCUGCAGUAUAUUAACUAUAGAAAUAUGGAGAUAUAUAAACAUUUGGUAAAACCUUAUAUUGCAUUUCUCUAAAUCUAUUACAUAUGGAUAUUUUUGAGGGUAAACGUAACAUUUCCUCCCACACUUCAUCAUCUAUUGUUAUUUUCAACUGAGUUUCCCAUAAUUUCCGUAGGAAUGAUCAAUAUCUAUCAAUCAAUGUCUGUCAAUAUUCAGAUGCUGCAGCUUAGAAUAACAUGUAGAGACAAAGUGACCUUGUUUAAUCAUAAAGAGUCUUUUCUAAUAAGUUAAAGUCAUCUGGGCCUAUAUUACUAUGCACAUAGUGUCUGACCUGAA